AUGCUGCCUUCUCUAUCCCUCGCAACAGUAUCUGCGCUGCUUCCCCUGAGUGUUGCCCUACGAACGGAGCGCCGGAGUCAACAACAUGACAACUCUUCCGACAUUCGUCGUGACCUGUCACCAAAUGUUCCGCUUCGGCUUUAUUCCGUCAAGCGGCCCAUCGAUGGGUCAUGGCAGUCUCUCUCCAUUGAGUUUUCCUACAUGGCGGACUUCUUUGGCAAUCUGACAACACCAAACCAGCUCUCGUAUAAUCUCCUGGAAAAUCUCCAGAAUGUAUCCGGAUCCCCCAUUAUCAUCCGCGCCGGCGGCUCUACCGCCAAUGUAGCCAUUUUCAACGCCAGCCAGGAACUCGCCGUUGAGAACCACUGGAACGGGUCAACCAAUACGGGUCUCGAGGGAUCGCGCAGCGACCAGCCCAGCCUGACCAAUAUUGGACCCGCCUGGUUCGAGGCCUUCCUGACAUCUCCCGAGGGGACGCGGUUCAUUUACGACCUCAACUACCGCGACAACAGCACCGCCGGCGUCGCGUCUACGGUAGACGUGGCGAAGCGCGUGUGGGACGCGCUCGGGCCGGAUCUGUUGUACGCAUUUGAGAUCAGCAAUGAGAUGGAGCGGUGGGGCGGCAGGUACCGAAGCGACGAGUGGGGGCCGGAGCUGUACACGGAGGAGUACCUCAAGUAUACUGAUUUGAUCGAGGAGGCCAUCUGGGGCAGGAGUGAAGACGGAUCGCAAGCCCAGCCGAUGUUCCAGAUGGGCACGUUCAUGGGAAGUGGAAAUAGGAGCAUCAACCAGCCUUGGAACUCGGAGGUGGUGCUGGGCCUGGGAAUCAACAAGAAGCAGCAGAUCCGAAGUACUUCGCAGCACGAUUACCACGGCUCCAACUGCGCCUCGACCAAGGAGAUCGCCACUCUCCGGCAGAACCUUCUCAACCACACCAACAUGGCCAACCGCGCCUACCCUCACCAGCAAAUGGCCCCUUUCAUCGACGAGACCCACGGCAUCACCUACGUCAUUGGGGAGACGAAUUCUAUCUCCUGCCAGGGCCGCGAUGGUGUCUCCAACGUGUUCGGCACCGCGCUGUGGUACCUGGACUACACGCUCUUCAUCGCGUCCAACAUCUCGGCCGUAGGCGGCAUGUACUUCCACAUGGGCACGCCCUACCGCUACAGCCUGUGGGCGCCCUACGAGGGCGCAACUAACCACAGCGCCCUGGUCCGGCCGUCAUACUACGGCGCGUGGGUGCUCGCCACGGCCAUCGGCAACGGUGAAUGGCCGUCAGGGCACAACGGGACUGAGACUCGGGCCCCGACGAUCCCCGGCUCCUACUCGCCGUACUACUCGGGCGAUGGCGCGCCCAAGAAGGUGGUGCACCCGCUGAUCGCCGAGGAGACGCUCACGGCCUACGCGCUGUACAGGACGGCGCCGUUGCACGCCAUUGACUCGGUUGUCAUCCUGAACAUGGAGCCGUACAACUCUACGGCCAACUAUACGCGGCCAUACGUCAAGGUCACGCUGCCUGAAAGGAUUCAGACGCCCGGAGUCGUGCGGCGGCUCACGGCGUCCGGGAGCGAUGUCAAGGACUUUGAGCAGACGGAUAUCACGUUUGCGGGACGGAGCGUGAGCAAGGAGGGGCUCGUCGUCGGGGAGGAAGUGACUGAGACGUGGAAACCCGGGGAGAGUGUGUUGGUUGGUGAUGCCGAGGCGGUGUUGAUUACAUUUUGA